CCAGAAACCCCGAUCCAAGAUUCUGCCCUUCUGUAGGACGGACUGACCUUGUUCACUUCCGGAGUUGCAGCCUCUCGGAUUUCAUAUUUCCGCCGGUGUUGUGCCCUUUCUCCUCCGCUAAGCGCACCAUUUCAACAAACGCCUGCUUUGCAACACAUGGGGAAAGCACCCAAAUCUUUUCUUCUGACUAUAGCUGAAAAAAGCAAGAAAAUAUUGGCAUCAAAUUGGCAAGGCUACCUUAAUACCAUUAAAGCUGAUGCUAAAGGAAGUAAACAGGACGUGCACAGUUCGAAAGUUAAGUACUUCGUCAAUAGAGGAAAGCCAUACAUAUGGAUACCUGAGAAGGACUUGCAUAAUGUGAAUGCAAUAAUUGAUGAACGCGGUUCCUUGGCAGUGACGGCUCCAUUCCCCGGCCAACUAGGAAAUCUGCUUAUGUCCAUAAAAAUGCUGCCAACACGGGUUGCUCUAAUGGGUGACAUAGUGCCUCUUACAGAUAAAAAGGCUGCAUUGGCUGAAAAUACCCUUAGGGAGAUCAUGUUAUCCGAGUGUAAAACAGUAAAAGAUUUAAGUUAUUCAGUUUCUGCUAUAUUGAGUUCAUCAAGUCUCAGUUAUACAUCUCGAAGCGAAAACCUCCAGGAGUUACUUGACGAGAAUACCAAAUAUACUGUGUAUAAGUUUAAGAUAAGUUCUUGUGCGUAUAUUGACAGCAAAGGAGCUAGCCAUGAAGUGGCUCUAAGAGAUAUUGAAGAAUCAAAGACAGACCCUUUAUCUCCUUUCGGUACAAGCCUGAUUGAUGGAAUUAAUCGAAGCGAGAUUAGGCGUAGAGCUUUAAUCCUCUUCUGUAUCACACACAUGAAUGAGAAUGUCAAGGAUGCUUUUCUGCUUUCGGUAGACCGGAAAGGGUUUGAUGUGCUGGGGAAGGUUCUUGGGGCAGUGCAGAGUGAUGGGUCCCGCGAAUACCAGUGGAAAGAGUUCAGAAUCACACUCAAGGAAGAGGUGUCUGAUGUUCAAAAGUUCUGUGAUCAGCUCAUCGAAAUGGAAGAGGAAGCGCUCAAGAGCGUCUCUGGUUUUACUGGCCUAUAACACUAACACUUUUACUGGUAGGAGGUGUAUAUGUACAUUAUCUCGUCUGGUCACCAUAGGAGAAACAUAUGCAAAUGCUGUAACAUUUUCCAUUCUCUUUCAUCUCUCGGUCUUGCCUUUUUGUUCCCUUUGUAUUCCUUUCAUUUUCUUAUGACAAAUGAAUACAAGCCCAAGAGUAGAACAUGAUUUAACCCUAGACUUUUCAAUUUUGUUUCUCAA